GAGAGGAGAGAGUACAGAGAGAACGAUGGCGGUGGCGGAGAUGUGGGCGACGCUGAAGGAGGCGAUCGAGACGUACACGGGUCUGUCGGUGACAACUUUCUUCACGGUGCUGGCGGUAGCGGCAGCCUUCUACUACGCGGUGGCGGGGUUCUUCCAGCCGCCGCCGCCGCCGCCGCGGCGUAAGCGGGACGCUGAGGAGCUCGAAGGUAUGGAGCCUCUCCCGCCGCCUGUGCAACUUGGGGAGAUCACCGAGGAGGAGCUCCGCGACUACGACGGCUCCGACCCCAAGAAGCCGCUCCUCAUGGCCAUCAAGGGCCAGAUCUACGACGUCACCCAGAGCAGGAUGCUUUAUGGACCAGGCGGGCCAUAUGCACUGUUUGCUGGUAAAGACGCAAGCAGAGCACUAGCAAAGAUGUCCUUCGAACCAAAGGACUUGACUAGUGAUAUUUCUGAGCUCGGUCCCUUUGAGCUCGAUGCAUUGCAGGACUGGGAGUCCAAGUUCAUGAGCAAAUACAUGAAGGUGGGUACAGUUAAGAAGACUGUGCCGGUCACCGAGGGCUCCGAAGCCGGUGCCUCUGGCACAACAGAACAGACUUCUCAGGCUACUGAGGAUGCAGGCAUUCAAGCUGAUCAUGGUGCACAGAUGGAGGAGGAUGUUAUUACAGAAGACCUCGAUGCUGAUUCAGAACAUAACCCAACGUCAAAGGAGAAACGUGCAGGUUAUAGUGAUGAUGCAGGAAGGAGGGUUGAAGUAAAGGAGAACGGUUCAUCAGCAGAAGGUGAGGAAAGCAGGCCAUAAUACAUAACAUGUGCUGGUAAAGGUGAAGUACCAGAGAACAAAAACAGUGUGUGUGUGUAUAUAUAUAUAUUAUAGUCUUUGUGUUGUAUUAAUCUGCCUAUAUCUGCACCUUAUGUCAGCUAUCAGCAGAUAGAGAUUGGUGGAAUAAGAACUUGCCUGAUGUAAACAAUUGGGGAUACUCUCCCAUGGUUCUGAUUUGGUCACUACCUACUCAGGAAUGAUGUUGGUGGCAAAUUUGGGGUGA